CGGGAUGCUCCCGGGAGCAGCAGUGCUGCACACCCUGUGGCGCUUUCUGUCCAGCUUCCUCGCCAGGGCCGCGUGCCAAGGUUCUGCAGAGGAAAAGGAGGAUGAGGCYGGGAGCAGCACCCCACUUCCAGGCCCCGGGGAGAAAGGGCCAAAGGUGCCGGGGAAGCCACAGGACAGAGGGACUGAUCCCACUGAAAGGAGACCAACUAUCCUGCUGGUGGUUGGACCCGCAGAGCAUUUUCCAAAGAAAAUUGUGAAGGCAGGAGACAAAGACCUUGAUGGACAACUGGACUUUGAGGAGUUUGUUCACUAUCUCCAAGAUCACGAGAAGAAGCUGAGACUGGUUUUCAAGAGUCUAGAUAAGAAAAAUGAUGGCCGUAUUGAUGCCCAGGAGAUUGUACAGUCUCUUCGGGACCUGGGAGUCAAGAUCUCGGAGCAGCAGGCUGAGAAAAUACUGAAGAGAAUAAGGACGGGACACUUCUGGGGUCCUGUCACCUACAUGGAUAAAAACGGGACAAUGACAAUUGACUGGAAUGAGUGGCGAGACUAUCACCUGUUGCACCCAGUGGAGAACAUUCCUGAAAUCAUCCUGUACUGGAAGCACUCUACGAUCUUCGAUGUAGGAGAGAAUUUGACUGUCCCUGAUGAGUUCACAGUGGAAGAGAGGCAGACGGGGAUGUGGUGGAGACACCUGGUUGCAGGUGGAGGUGCCGGGGCAGUGUCCAGAACCUGCACGGCUCCCUUGGAUCGCCUGAAAGUGCUCAUGCAGGUUCAUGCCUCCCGCAGUAACAACAUGUGCAUCAUUGGUGGCUUUACUCAAAUGAUCCGAGAGGGUGGACCAAGGUCCCUGUGGCGAGGGAAUGGCAUCAACGUGUUGAAGAUAGCACCAGAAUCUGCCAUUAAAUUCAUGGCCUAUGAGCAGAUCAAGAGGUUCAUUGGUACUGACCAGGAGAUGCUGAGGAUUCAUGAGCGGCUCUUGGCUGGGUCCCUGGCUGGGGCCAUUGCACAGAGCAGCAUCUACCCGAUGGAGGUUCUGAAAACACGGAUGGCUCUAAGAAAGACGGGACAAUAUUCAGGCAUGUUGGACUGUGCCAAAAACAUCCUUUCAAAGGAAGGAAUGGCUGCCUUCUACAAAGGCUACAUCCCCAACAUGCUAGGAAUCAUUCCAUAUGCUGGUAUCGACCUGGCAGUCUAUGAGACACUAAAAAACGCCUGGCUGCAACGCUAUGCUGUCAACAGCGCUGAUCCUGGAGUUUUUGUUCUGUUGGCCUGUGGCACCAUCUCCAGCACGUGUGGACAGCUYGCCAGUUACCCCUUGGCUCUAGUGAGGACACGCAUGCAGGCCCAAGCUUCAGUCGAGGGUGCUCCAGAAGUGACCAUGAGGGGACUGUUCAAACACAUUCUGAAGACAGAGGGAGCAUUUGGUCUCUACCGGGGUCUGGCCCCGAACUUUAUGAAGGUGAUCCCAGCCGUGAGCAUCAGCUAUGUGGUGUAUGAGAACUUGAAGAUGACUCUGGGUGUGCAGUCACGGUGACCAGGAGAUGCGGAGGACUCUGAACUCUGAAAUCUUGGGUGGCGAUCCCAAGACGUUUAGCCAUCUCUCAUUCUGUGAAUGUGUUGACACUAAGCUGACUAAGCAAAGCUGUGAAAUCUCAGAUAGUGUGUGAGUCAGUAAGGGUGAGGGGAGGAUCUGGCGUCCUUUGCCAUCUUGCUACUCAAAGCUUUCACACACCAUCAUGUGGCCCUUUUUGUUGGGCCCUUGGGGAGCUGGGAUCUGCUGCUGAGAGAAUCUAAACACGUGAGUUGCUGCAGGCAGUUCCUAGCAGUGCAGCAGAGUAGCAAGGAUCUGGGAACAGGUCUGCUUUCAGCAUAUUACAUGUACAGAGCUGUUUGCCAGCGGAUGAGCACCUUCUGACUUGCUGAAAGAGCUUCUUUUCCAUUCAGUUGUUUAACUUCCUACCCGCCGUUUAAAUUUGUACAAACCUUGUGUAGGAGCUGCUGCCGCACCAGGCUUGUUCAGUAUGUUUACAUAUAUUCCUUUGGGUAGGAGACCUUCAUGUUCUGCUUCCAAGACUUGACAUGAAAUGUAACUUUGAACUAUACUGUUUUUUUCGAGGGCUGGUGGGCAGUGGUUUAAUCCAGUCAGGCUGAAGAUUACUUAGGCCAGCCUGGUGAAGAAUUAGGAUUAUUUAUUUUUAUAGGUUUAAGUGUGUCUCCUAAAUCCACUAACAAGAUGCACUUACUAACAGAAGCAGCAGACUAGAGCCUGCAUGCCUGUAUCCUUUGCAUGCUGGAACUGGCUUGUCGUAUACUCAGCAGGGGCUUGGAAAGGGGCAGGCCGAGAGCGCCCUGGAUGGACUGGCACCUUGAUGCAUGGCUUUAGUGAAAAAAUGACAAUAUUUCACCGCUCCUGCGCGGCUGUGCUCCCAGCACGGCCCGAGAGCCCCUGUGCAGCAUUGCAUGGAUCUCUGAAUUUCAUUCUGCCUGGUGCCAAGGCUAGAUGACGGCCCUCUUCCAAACCCUGUGCCUAUGCUGCUAUCUAUCUCUGUAGACCUCUUUGUAGAUUGCUGUUCAGGUUUGCAUUAGAGGGAUGGAGCCUCCACACCAGGAGCACAUCUGCGCUGUGCUGGGGAGAGGGGUGGUUGUCAUUGGGAAGGGUGAGCUUUCAGUCCUGGAGACAGCUGCUUGCUUUUCUUUCAAAGGGUGCUUUUCAUAAGGCUGAGGGAAAGAGUUGGCUUUAAAAUUUCUCUUGACUGCAUUAUGGGCUACUUUAGUUGAUAGGAUCAGGCUUCUGAGGCCUGGGAGAUCCUCAUCCAACUUUUCAUUUUGGGCAAAACGGACCAGCGUUGCAUUCCACUGUUUUACUGCUUAAAGCAUAUUUAUUUUGUAUUUAUUUGAACAGAGUUAUGUCAAACUAUUUUUAUAGRCUUGUUUAAAUAUUGUUACUGUGCUUGUAUUUCUCCUGUUUUUAAAAAGUUCUCUAUUUGUUCUCUUACAUCACGCAGCUGAGUCGUGGGGAAGCACACUGAAGUCACUAGUGCUCUUCCUCUCUGGGGCUUGAGCUGCCUUCCCCACACCUGGGGCUGUUGCUGGAGGACCUGGGCCCAGAGAAAUUCUGCAGUGAGAAGCCUUGGGAGAGAAGGGAACCAGUGAGGGAGCAGUCCAUUGGGAUGAGGGGAAGAGGGUGCGAUGUGGGGCUUGCCCUAUUAUGGAGUUGACCCUAUACGUGGUGGAAAGGGUUGCAGGUGGAUGGCCGGAGUCGGGACGUUGAAGGUUCGUGCAUGUCGUAUGGCACAGCGGCUGUUUAAGAGGUUCUUGGGGUAUUUUUAGGUAAAGGAGGGAGGGGAGAAAUCUCAGGGACUAAAUUACGUCCAAGUUUCCAGCGAGGUGGAAUAAAGCAUGCACUUGGACACAAGCUGCUGCGGUUGUGCUUGAGGCUGAGUCAGCAGAUCCCACUGCUGAGCCAGAGCUUUCCACAUGGCACCGGGGAAGUUUGGGAAAUCAGGAAGGGAUUUGUUAGCACUCAGCAGCUGCUUUUGGACUCACAGGCUUUGGUGGCUCAUGGAGAACCUUCCAGGUGAGCUUUUCUACCCUGACUACCCAGUGCUG